AUGGACAACAUACAGCUAGCACAGAAUUUAUCUACAAUUUCAGCAGAUUUUCCUUUCAUUUAUCUUCACAAUGAAAUGGUUAAGUACUUCCAAGAGAGAAAUAAAAGUGUAAUUAAAGCCAGGGAAAAGUGGAUGCAGCAAUUGAAGCUCUCAGAUGCCUCGGACACUUUUACAGGAUCGGAUGUCUCAAUAUUACCAAACCAAAUUUUUUCCCAUGUAAGUAUGUUGUUAUUUAAAUGUUUGAUCCUUAUCUUUCUGCCAAAAUUUAAGAAAAAUGCAGAGACUAGAUUGGAAGCUAUGGGUUUCCGUGUUGGAUUUGUUUUGGCUGAAAAAUUUUCCAAAGAUAUGUCACGGUUUGCCAAUGAAUUGGAUAGGAUGAAGUUUAUCUGCAAAGAGUUUUGGAUCUCAACAUUUGGAAAAGGUGUGAACAAACUCAGUACUAACCAUCAGGGCAUUUAUAUCAUUCAGGAUACUGAUUUCUGUACACUUUCACCAUUUUCUGACGGAGUUCAAUACGUUGCUGACUGCAUUCCUUUCAUGGCGCUUCCGGUAGGAAUUGUUCGUGGUGCUCUCGACAACCUGGGAAUAUGUGCUACAGUGACAGUACAUGUGGAAAAACUUCCUAUUGUCAAAUUCAAUGUGCAAAUGAUUAAAUGA